AUUAAUAAAUGCACCGGCCAAGAUGCUGCCUUAGGAAGAGUUCUGCGAGCUUGGUUCUCUCUCACCCUGUAUUGCUCUCUGCUACUGCACUGCACGCUGUACACCGCCAUGGCGGAUGACUCCCUUCUCGUAGAGAAGAUAACUAUAUCGGGUGCGACCCUCGCGUCCAUCCUCCAACGCUUCUCUUCCUCUCCCGGUGACGUAGACGGUUUGCUCUUUGGUCACUUCAUUCGGCUUCCCCCUCCCGAUCCCAACGACGACGAUCCUUCCUCAUCUUACUCCGCCGCUGUUGGAUCCACCACUCUCGCUCCUUUCGCCGCUUCCAUAACGGGCCACUUUUGCUCUGGCGCUCCCAUGACCUUCUACGAUUCCGUGGGCCGGAUCGAUCCCCACUCUGUCCGCCGAGCAUCUGAUCAAGAUCGUCUCCCCAUUCUUCUCGGAUGGUUCUGCGGCCGCCGCCGUACACAUCUCCGUCCCUCCAUGCGCGAGAUUGCUGUCUCCAACUCCCUUUUCGAAACCCUAACCCCGGCCUCCGCCGUCGACCCGGCCCCGCCUCGGCCCUGCAUCUUCCUUCUCCUCUCCUUUUCUUCAACGGAAAAUCUAGCCAUCCACACCCACGAGUACCGAGGGUUCCAUCUCCGAAGAAAGCCCGUUGGCUCUGGUGUGCUUGAGCCAAGAUCGCUUCAUAUUGUGAACAUCGGGCCAGAUUUCAGGGGACAGUACGGGUCCUUCUCGCCAGAUUCUGCACUUCCGUGGAUGCCAUUGAGAGUUGAGGAUGAGUUGGCGCAGAAGGAGACCCUUCGGAGCCUCCAGGACAAGGCAGCUGGGCAGCUAUUGUUGGAUUCUGCGGCUGAUGGGUUUACAAUGGAGAGGCUAGCGCAUUUGAUAGGGCCUGGAGUAGCAGAGUAUGCUUCCGAAUUGGAGGAUUUGUACAGGAAUAUGCUACUCAAGCUAGAGGGAUUGGCAAGACUGGUGGAGAAGAGCUCUGCCAGGGUUCUUGAGCAGGAAAAUAAAAAUUUGAAGAUAAGGUGCAGAUUGGCAGGGUUGGAAUGAGCUUUCUGGCCAGCGUUGUUUUUUUGUAGUUCUGAUUGGGAGAUGUGAUUGAACCUGCUCCUUUCAGCGGUGGUUAUUGCUAUUUUUUGUUGUUUCAAUAAAAAAAAAGGGAAAUUCAAGAAGACCCAUCUCUCCUUUUUGCUGUACUACCCAGAUCCUUAUUUAGUUCAAGUUAAAUGUAUUUUAUUUUGUCCGGAAAAUUCUUUCAUUUCUGCAAAUAUUAUUCCAGAACUGUUUUAAAAGCCAUGUGCCCAAUCUAGAGUUUUUCUACCCAGACUCGUUAUUGUAGCUUUUAGUUUGCGAGUUUUGUUUUGUUUAUUUAUUUUUUGU